AUGUCUUAUCCUCAGACACGGCUUGGUGGUGGAGCCUUCAAUCACGGUCCAUCUUCGUCUUCGGAAGCAGAAUACGAUCGCUUGCGGGAUCUGGCGCGGAAGGAGCAAGGCCAACAUCAACACUUUGCGGCCAAGGCAAGUGAAGCUUACAACGCGGGGGAUGGUGCCGGUGCGCAUCAAUUCAGUGAGCUGUCUAAGCAGCAUGCAGCGCAAGCCGAUGCAUACAACAAGCAGGCUUCCGAGUUCAUAUUCCGCGAAAACAAUGCAGUUGGAAAAGUAGCGUCGGACACGAUUGACUUGCACGGGCAGUUUGUGGAAGAAGCGGAGGAGAUCCUGGAACAGCGAAUCCGCUACGCUCAGCAAACCGGGCAGACUCACCUUCAUGUCAUUGUCGGCAAGGGCAACCAUAGCCCGGGUCACAUUCAAAAGAUCAAGCCUCGCGUCGAGAAGGUAUGUCAGGAGCUAGGCUUACAGUACAACACUGAGCACAACGAAGGCCGCAUUUACGUGCAAUUGCAGCCUGGCGCUGGACAUGGACAACCUCAGAUGUCGCACUACGACUACCAGCAACAUCAACAACCGCAGCAUCCGAACUACGGCCAGCCGCAUUAUCAGACGGCCUACCCAAUGGGUGGUAACCCGUCAUACAGCUAUGCACAAGCUGCAGGCGGACGGUACCCCGGCGCGCAGCAGCAACAGCAGAUGCAGUACGGCGCGUCCAAUGCAUAUGCCGGUCAACCUCAGCAGCAAAUGCAGAUGCAAGGUCCGCCGGGGCAGCAACAAGACGACGGUAUCAAAUGCUGUGGGAUCAAGAUAUGCGUGGUUAUGUAGAUCCAAGUGUCGCCGCAUUGCCUGUAUCAUUGGCAUCGCAUCUCAUGAUAAUCGACUUGCCUCCGCAUGGUUCCAGCCGACAGCCUACCCUCUGAUUGCGCCCGCCGACCGGGCAGGAUGCCAACGCAAUCGUUGCCAAGAAAGUCCAGGAAAGCCCCUGGAGCUGGCAACAUCGUAGAAGUGACACGAAGCGGGAGUAACCAAUCCUAGGAGGAAGCGAAUUCUACAUUAGCUUGCAUAAUAGCCCUGAAGUUUGCUAGCGUCGUGGAGAAGC